AGUUUUUAUCAUUUUUGUUUGCUGCGUGUUUUCUUUCAGGAUUUUUAUCAUUUAUUAACAUUUUUCUAUCAUUUUUUAAUUUUUAUUUUUUCAGUCUGUCAAGUAAGUUUUAAAUAAUCUAAAAAUAUGGGUAUUUCUCAAGACAAUUGGCAUAAACGACGCAAAACUGGAGGGAAGCGUAAUCCAAUUCAUAAGAAGCGUAAACACGAAUUGGGACGUCCUAGUGCUAAUACAAAGAUUGGACCUAAACGUAUUCAUCUUGUUCGCUGCCGUGGAGGAAACAUAAAACAUCGUGCUUUGCGUCUUGAUACGGGAAACUUUGCUUGGGCAUCUGAAGGUUGCACUAGAAAGACUCGUAUAAUCGACACUGUCUACAACGCUUCAAAUAACGAAUUGGUUCGAACCAAAACUUUGGUUAAAGGUUCAAUUAUUACCAUCGAUGCUGUGCCUUUUCGUCAAUGGUAUGAGGCUCAUUAUGCUUUGCCUUUGGCACGCAAAAAGGGUCAAAAAUUGACGGAGGAGGAAGAACAAAGAAUUAGUGGGCAUAAAAGAUCGAAGAAGACUUUGAAGAAAUAUUCGGAUCGUCAGAAGACUGCUGCUGUUGAACCUCAUGUUUUGGAACAAUUUCAAGCUGGACGUCUUUUGGCUCGUAUAAGUUCUCGCCCUGGGCAAAGUGGACGUUGUGAUGGUUAUAUUUUGGAAGGAAAAGAAUUGGAGUUUUAUAUGAAGAAGAUCCGUGCAAAGAAAACCAAAUAAAUUUAAAAAUGGAAAAAAGGUUUUGUUGUCUUUGUUGUUAUUUUGAUUGUUUAAUGUGUUAAAAAUGAAAGUAAAAAGUUAAAAUUGGUUUUUGGAAUUUUUUAGGAAAAUUUUGGAGGGGAAAUAUUUUUGCUGUUGUCCUUGUCCCAGGUUUAAAAAAAUAUUAAAAUAUAUUUUAAUUUCCGUUGCCGUUAAAGUCCUUUUAACGUCUGAAAAUGACAUAUAGACACUUUAAUAGUGUAAUAAGUUUUUUUUAUAAUUUGGCACACCCCGAUUUUUUUGUCCUUAUUAUUCCUCAUUUCUCCAUAUCUUUCUCUAUUUCCGUUUUUUUCUUCUUCCAAUAUAAUUUUCUAUUUUAUUCUUCUUAUAAUCUUCCAAUUUCUUCAAUUCUCCAAUCCCCUUCUAUCCUCUUCUAUUUAUUCAUCUUCUCAGAAUUUUUCAAUUCCUUCUUCAACUCCUUUUUCUCUUCCGAUUCUCUUCCACCCCUCCUUCUCCACUUCCACCCUCUUAUUUCAUUUAUCUUCUUAUAAGCUUCCAAUUCCUUCUUUAACUACCUUUUUACACCCUUUAAUCUCCUUC